CCUAGCAGCCGAUGGCAGCCAUGAUGCACGGAGGACAAACUUUCUUUCUUCUUCUGUUUGUUAUGGAUGGAUGGUGAUGGUUUUGGCGUAUUAUCUUUUUACGUUCAACACAACGGGUUGUAACUUUUCAUCUCAAUAAUGGACAAGUUAACGAUCAUAUCUGGUACGCUGUUUAUGGCAGCAGACGUAUUUGCUAUCGUGAGUCUCGCGAUGCCUGACUGGAUAAUUACAGAUGUUGGAGGUGACACACGGUUAGGGUUAAUGUGGACAUGCAUGACCCUAUACGACAGGCCUCAGGUAUGCUUUACACCUGAUCUUCAGCCAGAGUGGUUACUAGCUUUGGUCUGCAUAUUUGUAGGCUGUAUUUGUAUCACCACAACAAUUAUACUUCUUGCAUCAUCUCAUUGGGACCGUAAUGUUGUUCCCUACGCAAGAUGGGUAGGGUUCACCGCAAUGGUUCUUUUCUGCUUAGCUGCUGUCAUAUUUCCGAUGGGCUUUCACGUUGACGAAAUAGGUGGUCAGCCUUAUCAGCUUCCGAACAGUCAUCAAGUGGGCAUUUCAUACAUAUUAUUUGUCCUUGCUCUUUGGAUAACUGUAAUUUCUGAGUUAUUUGCUGGAAAAGUUUGUUUGCCUCACUUUUAAGCAUGCUUUCAGUCUAUAUAUUAAAAAAACAACAACAAAAAAAACAUGUAUUUUGUUAAAUUUCUUAUCUUUUGAUCUUAUUUAUUAGAAUGUAUUUUGAAGGCCUUGUUGCUCCUGUAGAUAUCUUUUCUUACCUUUCCUUGUCUUUGCUAUGCUCUGAUUCUACAACUGGAAAAAUUGACUGUACUUUCCAACUCAGUAUUAUUUUUUCUCAAAUUGUAAUAAGUUAUAGAUUGUAUGUUAUGUAUGUUGUACAUAUUUCUUCUCUCUGUGAUAAAGUAUUUUUAUAAACUAUAUUAAGAAAAUAAAUUGUCGGAUCUAAUGAGA